AAUAUUAUUAAUUAGGAACAAAUCCUUUUGCCGAUCUUUAUAUAAGUCAUAGUUCCAUGGGGCACGAAACAAUCAAAACAAGAAACCAUGGCAAAGAGCAAGGUUCUCGUUGUUGGGGGUACUGGGUAUAUUGGUAGGAGAAUAGUGAAGGCAAGCUUAGACCAAGGCCAUACAACUUAUGUCCUUCAACGCUCUGAGAUAGGCCUUGACAUCGAGAAGCUGCAUCUACUAUUGUCAUUUAAAAAGCAAGGAGCUCACCUGGUUCAGGGUUCAUUCUCCGAUCAGCAGAGCCUUGUGGAAGCUGUGAAGAAAGUUGAUGUUGUCAUUUGCACCAUGUCCGGGGUGCAUUUUAAGAGCCACAACAUUUUGAUGCAGCUCAAGCUUGUGGAUGCCAUCAAAGAAGCAGGAAACGUGAAGCGUUUCUUGCCUUCAGAAUUCGGUAUGGACCCAGCAACAAUGGAGCAUGCACUGGCACCAGGAAGAGAAACAUUUGAUCAGAAAAUGAUUGUGAGAAAGGCAAUUGAGGAUGCUAAGAUCCCCUUCACGUAUGUAUCCGCUAACUGCUUUGCGGGUUAUUUUGUUGGUAGCCUCUGUCAGCUUGAGACCCUGACCCCUCCAAAAGACAAAGUCCGGCUUUAUGGAGAUGGCAACGUUAAGGUUGUUUUUAUGGAUGAAGAUGACGUUGCAACUUACGCAAUUAAAGCAAUCGAUGAUCCUCGGACUUUGAACAAAACUUUGUACCUAAGGCCACCAGAAAACAUUCUCACACAAAGACAGUUAGUUGAGAUCUGGGAGAAACUCAGUGGAAAGAAACUAGAAAAGAUCAGCAUUCCCGGAGAAGACUUCCUAGCUUCCAUGAAAGGCAUGGAUUAUGUAGCCCAGGCAGGAAUGGGGCAUUUCUAUCAUAUUUUCUAUGAAGGCUGUUUGACAAACUUCGAAAUAGAAGAAGAAGCUUCGGACCUUUAUCCAGAAGUGAAAUACACUCGCAUGGAUGAAUAUCUGAAAAUCUUCCUUUGAAGAAAACCACGUUCUAUGUAUCUAUCAACAGCAGUAUAAUGAUGAAUAUCUAAGAAGCUUGGUGUAGAUUGUGAAUGAAUAAAGAAAUUUUUUUUUUAUUAUAUAUUAAAAAAUAUAUUUUUUUA